AUGGUCGUCGACGGCAGGGAGGUCCGCCCUUGGUUGGAUAUCGAUUCAGAUGCCGUGAUUGAUGCAGAUGAUGACGAUGAUGAAGAUAAAUUGGACGAUGAAAGUGGUAAAGAAGAAGAAGAGGGCAAGGCGGAGGGGGAGGAUGGCGGCGAAGAGGUAGUUGAAGAUGAAGAAGGUUGGCUUGGAAGGCCAUUGGGAGUCGAGACUGUAGGCGGGUUUGAUGGUGGAGGGACUAUUGAUUCAUUACUCACUACAAAGGAGUAUAGAAAACUUACGAAACCCGCAUAA